AUGAAUCUUCCAGAAUUGUCGAAGGUAAGUAUUGACAGGUGUUUGAAGCCAGGCAAGUUAGACAAAUCUUCCAAGAUAGAGUUACACAUGUUCAGUGAUGCAUCUGAACAGGCGUACGGAUCAGCGGUGUAUGUGAAGAUUUACGACGCCGAAGGAAACAGUAAGUGUAGUCUCGUUAUGGGAAAAUCCCGGUUGGCGCCGAUCAAAUCUAUUUCAAUACCUAGGCUGGAGCUAGCUGCAGCAGUGCUUGCUGUGAAGUUGUAUCGGCUAAUGAAACAGGAGUUAGAUUUGAAUAUAGAUAAAAGAUACUUCUGGACAGAUUCUAUGAUCGUUCUAGGGUACAUCCAGAAUGCGAAAAGACGAUUCAAGACUUUCGUUGCCAAUAGACUGGCAAUUAUUCAUGAUGUAACAACGCCGCAGGACUGGAGGUACGUACCUACAAAGGAAAAUCCUGCUGACUUUGCGUCAAGGGGCGUGCACCCUCACGAAACGGAUAAGCUUUCAACGUGGCUUAGAGGUCCAAAAUUUCUGCAGUGCGAUAGUUCACACUGGCCAGGAACCCCAGGCCUUGUGACGAUAGAUGUUAAUGAUACAGAAUUAAAGACAGAGGUUAGUACGACGCACGUGACACAAGGUAAGUGUGAUAAGGGAAUAAGUGAUCUUUUAGCAAAGUAUUCCGACUGGCAUAAACUACAACGAGCUGUAGCUUACAUUCUUAGGUUCAAACAGUACUUCUUUCAAAGGAACUCGAGAUCAAAAGAAAGUACCGGAACUUCAGUAAAACGCGGGAGUUUGACUGUAUGUGAGAUUCGAGAAGCGACCAAAGCUAUUCUCAUGUUUGUACAAGGGAAAGCGUUCGAUAUUGAAAUAAACAGUGUCAUGAAAACAGGUCGUGUUCCAAAAGUAAGUUCUCUUACCAAAUUAAGCCCCGUUUACAUAGGAAGUCUCCUGAGAGUCGGCGGACGACUUGAUAAUUCCAACUUACACAGUGAUGUGAAGCACCCGAUUAUUUUGCCAAACAAUCACCAUGUGACGAGGAUUCUGAUUAGGAAAUAUCAUGAAAUCAAUGCGCACAUGGGCGCUCACCACAUUUUGUCAUUGAUUAGACAGAAAUACUGGAUUGUCCACGGACUUAAAACUGUGAAGUCGGAACUGAGCAAAUGUAUUGAAUGCAAGCGAAAACUACAACGUCCCCAAACGCAACAGAUGGGACAACUUCCAGCCGAGAGACUCAUACCAGACAAAGCACCGUUUACGUACGUUUGCGUUGAUUAUUUCGGUCCGAUGUAUGUGAAAUCUGGUAGGAGGCAUCUGAAAAGGUACGGCUGUUUGUUCACUUGCUUGACUACCAGGGCGGUACAUAUAGAAAUAGCCCACAGUCUUGACACGGAUUCGUUUAUAUGUGCCUUACAGCGGUUUUUAAGCCGUCGAGGACGCCCCGUAAAGAUCUUCAGUGAUAACGGAACAAAUCUCAGAGCAGGAGAAAGGGAGUUACGAGAAUCAGUUCAGCAAUGGAACCAAAGUCGCUUGUCUAAAUAUUUCCUUCAAGAGACGAUUGACUGGCACUUUAAUCCCCCUUAUGCAAGUCACAUGGGUGGUGUCUGGGAAAGGUUGGUAAGAUCAAUCAAAAAUGCGGUAAAAUCGGUUAUUCGUGAACAGCUUCUGGGUGACGAAGCUUUAAUGACACUGAUGACGGAAGUCGAAAAAAAACUGAAUGAUCGACCAAUAACUCAGGUAAGACAAAAAUGGCACAAUGUACAGAGAAAUUUGACGGUAAAUGACCUUGUGCUUGUCUGUGACGAACCGUCUACACGCGGUCGCUGGCCUCUAGGACGUGUGCUUGAGGUUAGUAAAGGGAGAGACGGACUUGAGCGGUCAUGUAGGGUUAGGGUAAAUGGUUCAGAGAAAAUAACCGUUGUUGAUGUACGAUAUUGA